AUGUCAUUUUUACAAAAUUUCCACUUGAGCCCUGGACAAACCAUAAGAUCCACGAGAGGUUUCAAAUGGAACACUGGGAAGCCACCUAGCGGACUAGGCGGAAUAGAAGGAGCUGAAGCCGGCGGAAGCAAUGUAGGUGCUACCGGUUCCGGUGAGGAUUUGGGACCCGCGUUUCGCACACCACAGAAGGAACGAGAAGCAAUGGUGACAGAUUUCAACUAUACGCCAUCGCACCAGAAGCCUUACUUAAACGUUUCGCGUGGAACGACGGUUUCCUCGCACAAGGAUCUGAAACAAAUCGUCGAGACGACUUUAGGAUCCGAGGGCGUGCUGAAUCAAGCCGUGAAAUUGCCCCGUGGAGAAGAUUUGAACGAAUGGAUCGCAGUACAUUGUGUGGACUUUUACAAUCAGAUAAACAUGCUUUACGGCGCGAUAACCGAGUUUUGCUCUCCAACAACGUGUCCGCGCAUGAUUGCCACGAAUGAAUACGAAUACCUGUGGUACGUCCAAUCGGGAUCUCCUCCGCUUUCUGUAUCGGCACCUCAGUACGUCGAGUACCUAAUGCGGUGGUGCCAGGAGCAAUUUGACAACGAUGGUGUGUUCCCUGCAAAACCCAAUGUCCCAUUCCCACACAACUUUGUCGAAUCACACGCCAAACCCAUUUUAAAAAGAUUAUUCCGCGUUUACGCGCACAUGUAUUGCCACCAUUUCAAUGAAAUUCUUGAAUUGAACCUCCAAACGGUCUUAAAUACGAGUUUUAGACAUUUUUGUCUAUUCGUACAGGAAUUUCAACUUCUAAGAGAUCAAGAUUAUGGGCCCUUAGUGGAACUUAUACAGGAAAUGAACACCAAGUGA